GCGAUGGUACAACAUUCAAAUCAAACGUCGAUCCGCAUCGUUAGUGUAGAUCAUUACAUGAGCAAACCGGACCCACAGUUCGACGCGUGCUAUUCGGAAUUCCGUGGUUCGGAGAUCAAACAAGUGCCGGUCAUACGACUGUUUGGCUCGAACACCGAAGGCAUCCAUAGCUGCGUCCACAUCCAUGGGGUCUUUCCAUACUUUUACAUCCCCUACGAUGGAUCGGUUGCGGAAAAGCUUGUGGUGGACCAAAAGAUUUAUCAGCUGGCUUGCGCUCUUGAUAAAGGUAUAAACGUUUCGCUGGGACGCUCAGCAUCCCAAACGAAGCACAUCUUUAAGAUAGUGCUGGUGAAAGGAAUUCCCAUUUACGGCUAUCAUCGGAAUUCGCAUCACUAUUUUAAGAUCUACAUGUACAAUCCGCAUUUGCUACGGAACGCCACUCAACUGUUGAUGAACGGAACUAUCCUUUCGGGAACAUAUCAAGUUCACGAAACUCACAUACCCUACAUUCUGCAGUUCUUCAUCGACUAUAACCUGUACGGGAUGAGUUUUUUGGAGCUAAGCUCAAACGGAUUGCGACAGCGAACAAAUGACGCUGAAACCGUCAACAACGUCCCACCGAAAUUGUCCACAUCUGAGUACGAGAUAGACGUGCUUGCGUCGGAUAUCCUUAAUCGCGAACCAGAAGACAAAAACACAGGUGAAUUUGCAAACCCGGGCAUUGCUUCCAUCUGGAAGGACGAACAAAUUCGGCGGCUUUUGGUCGGUUUCGAGCAACCGGAACGGAUGAAUCUUUCACAAGACAGUGGCUCAACGCAUGAAGUAAUAACCGAAAGUGAUCGAUUCUAUCGAGCUCGACUGUUGUCGAAACUGUCGAAAGAACACACUCCCAGCUCAACUGCGGACGAACAAAGAAAAGUACCCACUUCAGCCUACCCAUCAGAGGCAACUGAAGACGAGGAGUUGCUCGAUGCGUCCUGCAUCGUCCAUCACACACGACCCAAUACCGGACACAGCAAUGAUAGCUUGUACGAUUCGCAAAUCAGUUAUCAUUUUGAUGCAUCGACCGUGGUUGACGAAGAGAAGAUUAUAUCCAUGUCACAGAAUCCGGAUAUGACGCUCGGAGAGGAAGAUUAUAGUAUGUUGGAAAUCCUGCGAGAGCUUGAAGAACUGGAAUCCAACAAUAUCGAGGAUGAUUGUCUGUUGGCACCGAUGACACAACUGUCGGGAGAAAAGAAACGCAUCAUUAUGCAGUCCAGUUUGAACUUGUCGCAAGCCAACAAAAGACUGAACGCUUCUAUGUAUGGAGAUCUGGACACAGUUUGUCUAAUGUCCGAUCAAGCUGACGCGCGUAUGCCGAAUCCGGACGAUGUAAGCUUUGAUUCGGAUGACGAGUUUCUGCUUGAUUUUUCGCAAAAGCAAUUGUGUGCCGGAAAUAACGAACAGGCUGAAACAAAUACGCUCUUGAACGACAGUGACGAUGACCUGCUGUCUGGUGGAAUCAUCCCACAGUUGGAUGGAGGUGAUGACUCUUUCAAACCCUUUUCCUCAAAGCGUAAUAGAAGCAGCAAGGAAAGCAAAACUCCAAACAGCUCAUCCGCGAAAAAGAUGCGCAUUGACUUAACGCAACCGUUAUCUAGAAAAUCUUUAACACCGCGUAGAGUAACGUUUGCCCUCUCCCCGGAGGAAAGCGACAGCGAACGCGCGAAGCGUGUACUCCAAGAAUUUGAAAAUUCUUCCCCUAACACGCUGAAGAACUUCGAAAUAAGGAUACCUAAAUUGGGGUUAAUCAAGAAGUCGAUCCUGUUCACCAAUCGAAAUCGAAGCUCAUCGAAGUCUACAACGGUCGGCGAACCUUCGAAACUAAAGAAAAGCCUCCAAGUGUGCAUUCCGAAGUUGGACCCUAACGCUUACGACGUCAGCCAAUCAUCGACCAUUACGACAAUGGAUUCAACACCCCAGGACGCACGUGAAUCAUUGUCGUUAGAAAAAAUGGGCGAUCGUUAUCAACUUGCUCGAAAUUACGAUUUCAUAAACAACUUCGAUCCGCUAGAAGGUCCGUCCACACCGAAAUCGGAGCGUGUGCGAAGAAAAAUCGUGACCGCAGACGCGAAAGAACAGCCCAAGUCAAAGAUGUUGAAAUUGGAGGACGAGAUACAGAUCGAGCUGAUUCUUUCGGAAAGGUUUAAAAACAUCGUACGCCUUUCUCCGAAAGUGCUGAUCAAACCAUUACUCCUAAUCGAGAAGGCGGCGGUUAACAGCGAGCUUUCAUUGGAUGCAUAUUCAUCACCGCGCCAAACACUCCCAAACGAAGAUGGCCCACCGAGUGGCAAAAGUGAUGUUGCAGAAAGUAAUGGACCUUCUCUUCAAUCAGCUUCGCUAGCCGAAACUUCUGCACCAUCAACUGAAUCUGAAAUAAAUACUGCCGCUACAACGCCAAAGCAUGUCGAAACAGUCGUAGAAGAAAUCUUGACAAACGAUGAAGUGGAAAAAUGCACAAAUGAUAAAGUAACCGAUCAAACGGUGGAGCAAAGCGAGGGAAUGGAUGUGGAAUUUUCAUUGCCAUCGAACAGUGACUCGGGUGAUGCUGUAGAAAUGGCACACCGGACAAGCGAAGAAGAUGUGUCCGGAAAUAACGUUAACACCAUUAGUAUCGAGGAUGAUGACAGCGACGAUUCACUUCCAACCAACCAAGUCGUUACGCUUGAGGAUGAUAAUGACGACAUACAGAUGAUUACACCGAGCCUGCUCGAUGACGUUCCAAUUGCAGAACUUUUAGGCAAGAACCGUUUCGGCGUGAUCGAUGUUUCGGACGAUGAGAGUACUGAGCAAACGGGCCCUGCUGUAGCCAUUUCAUCGCAACUGGAUGGAAUGGUCGAAUUUAUGGCCGAAAGUCCGAGUGAGGACCAACAACAUAAACCAGGGAAUAGUACCGCCGAUGAGGAAGGCGUCGAAGAUGAUGCAAACAUUCAGAGUUUUUGUGAAAAAACACUUUUAUGUGAGCUAGAUGAUAUUAAUUCUGAUUCAGACGACAGCUGUGUCGGGUCGUGGAAUACAACCGGCAUGGAAAAGGACGAUAAAGUAAUCAUAUCGUUGGCUGCAACGCCACCUACACGCGAUGAUGCACAACGGGCAAUUGAUGAGUUCGAAAUUCCUGCCGUCGUUAACACGACUCCGUUUUAUAGCGAUCCUGCAGAUGUGACGGGCAGGAAGGAAGUUGGUCAUACGGUUUUAAACAUAGCAGGGAAUAGUUUGAAUGACGAGCCAGAGUUUACAAGCACCAUUGCUGGGCUCGGCUCGCUGAAGCAUUUGCGAUAUGACAACCUCCAGCGUACGUUCGGGGAAAACAUCGACGACGUGCUAGGACCCAUCGGAUCGAAUGGCCCAAAUUCCGAACGGAUGAAAGAACUGCUGGCCUCAGAAGGAUGUGUUGUUAUCACCCCAGCGGAACUCCCGCCCAAUCGCACCGAAGCGGUCAAUUGGAUGGACAACAGAUGCCGACAACGUCAGUCCGAUCCUGUCGCUCCGAUUGAUUCGGACAGCCCUAUUAAGGUGAAAACAGCGGAAACAAUCAUGACAGUGGAAGAUAAGGCACAAGCGAACCGCCUAACACCAAGGAUUGACAGUGAAUCAUCGCUCAAUCUAAGUGUUCUGGUAGCAAACGAUGGUCACACUGAUUUGACCACUAACGGGAAGAGCCCAACAAAACUGGUCGGAGCAAAACCCAACACAUUGAACUCUUUAAAUACACCUGACCAUGACACAACAAGCGCUAAAGUACCAUCACCUGCCAAAAGAAACAACACGCUGACUUCUGACUUGAAACAAUUUUCGGUGGAAAGUGAUGAGCCCGCGGAUGAGAUCGCAUCAUCACAAGAGGUCAGUACAUCUGAUCAGUCAGAUACAAUUGAACAAAGCAAUGCAGACAUUUCGUCCGCCACCCCAAUGGGGUUCAAGGUCGAUUACGAAAAUUUGCAGGACGCCAAAUCGAAGUGUGAGUACAACUAUUUGACAAUAUUGUCGCUCGAAGUGCACGUGAAUACCCGUGGCGAAUUGCGGCCCAAUCCGAGCACUGACCCCAUUGCGGCAAUUUUCUACCGCAUCCACAACGACGUUCCAUCGGACCAUCCGAAGGCUUCGUCCGUCUGUGGGAUCAUACUGAAUCGUGCCCAGACGCAAAGCGAAUGCGCGAGUGAAGCUGACGGUAUGAUGAGCUACAAGUACAAUCAAUCGUCACACGUGGCGGACGUCGUCGUAGUGUCCGGUGAGCACGAACUGUACGAAAAGUUUCUGCUGCUCAUUUCCUUCUGGGAUCCGGACAUAUUUACCGGUUACGAAAUUGAAAGCGUAUCCUGGGGCUACGUUAUCGAGCGGGGCUACGCACUGGACAUGAAUCUAAUGAAGAAGCUCUCGCGCGUUCCGUCCGCGGAUAAGGUGCAUGUGUCGGAAGAGGAACAGCGGGAACUGUUGGAAAUGCAUGACUAUAGUGCGGGUUUGAAAAUUCCGGGCCGCAUACUGAUGGACAUUUGGCGCCUGAUGCGACACGAGAUUGCCCUGACGUCGUAUACGUUUGAGAACGUAGCGUACCACGUGCUGCAUCGGCGAGUUCCAAACCAUUCCUACCGGCAGCUGUCCCGGCUGUGGAACAAACCGUACAGCCGCUGGAUCGUGCUAGAGUACUAUCUGGAGCGUGUGAACGGGAACUUUGAGAUACUUAACCAGCUUGACUUGAUAGGCCGUACGGCGGAGCUGGCCAAACUGUUCGGCAUACAGUUUUACGAGGUGUUGUCCCGCGGGUCACAGUUUCGCGUGGAAAGCAUGAUGUUGCGCAUUGCCAAACCGAAGAACUUUGUGUCCGUUUCGCCCAGCAUCCAUCAGCGGGCGCACAUGCGUGCACCGGAGUACUUGCCAUUGAUCCUCGAGCCGAACUCGCGCUUCUACGCCGAUCCGAUCAUUGUGCUAGACUUCCAGAGCUUGUAUCCCAGCAUUAUCAUUGCCUACAACUACUGCUUUUCGACGUGCUUGGGGCGCAUCGAGCACAUGGGAGAGGACACUUCACCGUUUGAGUUUGGCGCUUCGCAUCUGCGCGUACCACCAAAGAUGCUGAAAGCGUUGCUCGACAGGAAUUUGGUUACAUUUUCUCCCUGUGGCAUUGCGUUCGUGAAGAAGCGCGUACGGGAAGGCGUACUUCCACGGAUGUUAAGCGAAAUCCUCAACACUCGCCUGAUGGUGAAGAAGUCGAUGAAGCUCCACAAGGACAACAGCAUCCUGCAGCGUGUGCUCCAUUCGCGUCAGCUCGGUUUGAAACUGAUUGCGAACGUGACGUACGGCUACACGGCGGCCAACUUCAGCGGACGCAUGCCGUGCGUCGAGGUUGGCGACAGUGUCGUUGCAAAGGGACGGGAAACGCUCGAGCGAGCGAUCAAGUUAGUCGAGGGAACGGAACGCUGGGGAGCGAAGGUAGUGUACGGCGACACAGACUCCCUGUUUGUGCUCUGUCCGGGAAGAACGAAGCAAGAGGCAUUCAAAAUAGGCGAGGAGAUUGCCGAAACAGUUACCAGAGAAAAUCCACCACCAGUCAAGCUGAAGCUGGAGAAAGUCUACCAACCAUCGAUACUGCAGACUAAGAAACGCUACGUGGGAUACAUGUACGAGUCGGCAGAUCAACAGCAACCCGUCUACGAAGCGAAGGGUAUCGAAACGGUCCGCCGAGAUGGGUGCCCGAUUGUGGCGAAAAUGCUCGAGAAGGUUUUACGCAUUCUGUUCGAAACUUGCGACGUGUCAAAGGUGAAACAGUACACCUGUCGACAGUUUACCAAAAUCCUGGAGGGUCGAGUCAAUCUGCAGGAUUUCAUAUUCGCCAAAGAGUUCCGGGGCGAGAAUGGUUACAAGCCUGGUGCGUGUGUACCGGCAUUAGAGCUAACGAGAAAAUGGAAGCAAACCGAUCCCCGCCAUGAACCGCGCCAGGGCCAACGGGUACCGUACGUGAUAAUCAGUGGUCCACCACUGGUCCCGCUAAUUCGGCUCGUGCGCAGCCCGGACGAGGUGCUCUCGAACGAAGGGCUUAAAAUAAACGCUAAUUAUUACAUUUCGAAGGCAAUCAUCCCGCCCCUAAAUCGUUGCCUUCUGCUGAUCGGUGCGGAUGUAAACCAGUGGUACAAUGAACUGCCCCGCAAGACGCUGAUGCUGCACAAUACCGGCGGUGUACCAGCUGACAAGCUGUUGGCAACGACCGAUCACCAAGCGCAUAAAAAAGUCACCAUCUCGCAGUACUUCUCGACCACCAACUGCAUCGUGGACUGUGGCAAACAGACGCAGCAUGGCGUGUGUAAAGACUGCCGACAGCAACCGCAACGGGCGUUGGUGCAUGUGAUGGGCAAAGUGAACAAGCUGGAACGGAAACUCGAGCUCACGGAAAAGAUGUGUCGAUCGUGUUGUCAGCGUACGUUUGAAACGGAGUGCAUUUCACUGGACUGUCCAGUGGUUUUCUCGUUAAACCGACGGACCCUGGAAUACAAACAAGUGCAGUACUAUCGAGAUCUUAUUGAGCAGCUGUUCUAG